AUGCGGUCCGCGCAGAACAGCGUCGUGUCCGAGUACAAGGUCGCGGCGACGCCCAAGUGGAACGACGAGAACGCCGACGAUGCUGUCGCCAACGAAGCCAAGCACGCGGCCGAGUUUGAGGUCAUUACGUCGGGUCUCGAGCAUCCGCAGGUGACGAUCAAGUCGCUCGUCGUCGGCACGAUCAUGGGCACGUUCACGAGCGUCCUCGCCAUGUACUACAGCCUCAAGCUCGGCGUCACGCCGUCGCUCAACGUGCUCUCGGGCAUCGGUGGCUUCAUGCUCUGCCGCGCCUUGAUGAAGACGCAGUUCUUUGGCAAGCACUUUACCGUCCAGGAGAACGUCGUUAUCCAGACGUGCGCGGUCGCGUGCAUGAGUUUGGCGAGCCAGGCCGGGUUUGGCUCGGGUAUCCUCGGCCUCACGGAGAACGUCUUCCUCAUCAUGGGCAACACGACGUACGCGGGCAACCUCGCCUCGGAUGUCAUCGAUUUUACGUGGCUCCGCUCGUUUGGGUGGUGCGCGAGCAUCGCUCUCUUUGGCUUCUUCAUCUCGUUCCCGCUCCGCCGCAAGUUUAUCAUCGAGAUGCGCCUCCUCUUCCCGAGCGGUACGGCCACCGCGGUCAUGAUCAAGACGCUCCACACGUCCAAGGAGGCCGUCGAGUACCAAUGGAACGUGCUCCUCAAGUCGGGCGUGUUUGCGUACGUCUGGAGCAUCUUUGUGUUUUGCUUCAACGGCCUCGGCGAGUUCCCGAUCUUUGGCGAGAAGGCCGCGGGCUUUACGUGGAUUCUCGACUUCGCACCCGGCACCUUUGCCAUCAGCUUGAUGCUGCCGUUCCGCGUCAUGUACUCGAUGUUCCUCGGCAACAUCAUCACGUGGGGCAUCCUCAUGCCGGUGCUCAAGGCCCAGAAGCUCGGCGUCUGGUUUGAGAGCGAGGGCGCGGCCGGGCUCAAGGCCUACUACACGUUCACGGCCGUCGCCAUCAUCUGCGUCGACGCGCUCUACAGCAUCGUCAAGAUGGGCAUCAUCAUCGGCAAGUCGUGGUCGGCCAAGAAUGACGAGCCCAAGACGCUUUCCGAGGUGGACGACAAGGAAAGCGAAAACGACGUGCUCUCCAAGGCCCAGCGCCAGGCGUACCUCGACAAGAUCUUCGAGUCGGCGCACAUCCCGACGUGGUCGUGGGUCGGUGGGCUCAUCGUGUUCGCUACCGUGUCCGUCGUCGUCAUCUCGCUCAUGUUUGAGACCGUCAAGUGGUACAAGUCCAAGAACAAGGUGCUCAACGUCAUCGCCAACCACUGCCCGCUGCCGAUGGCCGUCUCGAUCGGUAUGAUUGUGCCUGCGAGCUUUGGCCUCGAAGGCAUGAUCAUGGCCGGUAUCAUCGCGUACUGGAAGUCCAAGGACGAAGACUCGUUCGAGAAGACGCAGUACAUCCUCGCCGCCGGCCUCAUGACCGGUGAAGGUUUCUCGGUCCUCACGCAGAUCAUCGUGACGCUCUGCGGCGGCAGCGCGCCCGUCCAAGUGUCGUACGCCAUGACGCCGUAA